AUGCGUUUUUUAUGUCUUCAUGGCGCUGGUUCCAACGCAGCAAUUCUCGAGGCACAGCUGGCGGCCAUAUUGAAGGAGUUUGCUGAACACGAGUUUCAUUUCUUGCAGGGAGAGGUUGAAGUUGAGCCAGAAAAAGGAGUGAAAGACUAUUUCGCGGGGCCAUACUUGUCGUAUUUUGACCUUUGCACGCCGUCUCAGAUACGUUCUGCCUUCCAGCUCCUGGACAAAGCUGUCGCCGAGGAGGGGUCAUUUGACGGGGUUUUUGCAUUUUCCCAAGGCUCAGCCUUAGCCGCGUCCUAUAUGCUCUACCAUGCAAGACAUAGCUCACCUUCCGAACAGCCAUUUAGGUCUGCCGUGUUCUUCUCGGCCUCGCUCCCGUUUGAUUCAGAGUCUCGACCGUUUUCUGUCGAUGGCAGAGGUACUUGCUAUUAUCCGAUGCCUGAAACUAGCGAGCCUUGCGCUGUCAAUCUCUCUGCGACGAUUCCGGAGCUUCUAGAUCCUGUUUAUAUUCACAAAUGGGAUCAGACGACCCAGUUCUUGGAGAGAUAUGGCGCCGGUCAUGCAAUUUCCGUUCCCAUAGAAGUCCCUACUGCACACAUCUAUGCUCUCAAUGAUAGCUACGGCUCUCAUGCGGCCCAAUUACAAGAUUUCUGUGUUUCGUGGAACAGGGAGGUUCUUGUUCAUGAUGGUGGCCAUGCCAUCCCGUAUCGUCCAUCCACCACUGUGAAGAUGGUGGAAUGUAUCCGCAAAGUGCUGGACUCUACAACAGCUUUCUGA